UUGCCAAUGGACACCAACAUUAAUGAUAGCUGUGGAGCAUACCAAGUGCACCAAAUGAAUGAUUCCGAUCAGGCGUCUUCGCAGAGAGAAAUUGCACCAGAUUCAGAAUGUGAGGAAGACGAUGGUCAUGAUCGAUUUUGUUCUCUUAACGGAUUGAGAAAUUUAGAAAUUCGCGAUUCUGAAGAUUUACAGGAUGAAGCAUGGAAUGGUUUGUCGAGAGAAGUGUCUCACCCGCAUAUUGGAGGAAGCGGCUCUUGCCUUUACGAAAGUAGCAGUAACAAAUUCAACAGAUACGGACACAUGCCUAUGUUGUCCGAGGACUUGCGUAUAUCCAAAAUCUUAAGGCGACUGAUGGUUGAAUCCAACCGGAAAGCAGCUAUUGAUCUAUGUAAUAAACUUGAUGUGGCCGUUCGAAACCAGUCGAAUGCCUCAUACAUUUGUCGCUCGUUCGAUAUUCUGUUUGACAAUAUGGUAACUGUCCUGCGAAAAUGUCCUCCCGAAUGUUUGGAAAAUGCCAGUAUCGUUUUAGGCAUUAUGGGAUAUAUAAAUCGCUAUGACUUUGUUGUCUACAAGAACAAUCUAACUAAAACCUAUGCAAACAACAAGUGUCUCCGCCAAUAUCUAAUGACAGCACUCAGGACCACAAUAAGCUGCGAUGCUGUUAAUUUGGAUUUGAAACCCUAUAGCGAGAGACUCUUAAGUCUCUUAAAGGAAUAUCUGGAAAAUGCUGAAGUUGCUGAGAACUUUAUCGCGAUUAGCGACACAAUAAGCGAACUAUCGCGACACUAUAAACAGUCGUUUGUAAGACACUUCACUGAUAUUGUCGACAUAAUUGUUGGAUGGCAUUUAGAAAUUGAACAACCUGCCUACCUUAAGCAACACUGCGCCAAAGUUCUACAGCAGUUGGCAGAAUACUUCUUAAGCGAAAUGGAUUUUACCUUUGGUUUGUUGGGCCAGUUUAUUGAGGAUAUCGAGGCUUGUGGCGAUGAGAUACUCGCAGAAAACAUCACAAUGAAAUCAAAACAACAAACCGAAGCCCGCGUUGGUGCGUUUAUAGGUGCCUUUACAUCGAUAAUUAAAGCAGUAGUCUCGCGAGGCUUCGUUCUUAACAAUUUCGUAACUUCAGCCAACCUACUUCAAGAAGCCAAAAAGGUCGUUAACAAAGUUGCCAAGCAAUGUUUCCAGACUGUCGCCCUGAUCAGUGAGGACACAAUUAUUAACUUGAACGAAUUCUAUUGCGUGAUUUCAUCUUACGACAAAAGUGUAGAAAACUUGUGCGAUUUGGAAAGCGUCAUCGAACUUCAGUUGUCUCACCUAUCAAGUUUCAACGAGAAUCAGGUAGUCAGUUUUUUAUAUAUGAUCUUGAACAUUGUUCGUCAAUACCGAACACAACUGCCUUUAAGCUUUGUUUCACUGAUCAUGAGCAAAGAAAACGUAUGGCUGCAGGAUUUGAAACUAAAUAGCCACUUUAAAUCUUACAAACUUUUAUUGAAAAUCUACCAUGAAAUCUUGAAUAUUAAAAACGUUCCCCUAUUGCAAGAGGCAUAUCGUCAUAUUUUGAAGGAUGUUAACCAGCUUGUUGCAGAUUUAAAAGCGUCUCGUAACGCUGCAAACUACCACGCUUUGAGAUGUGAGUUAUUACUCAGUUUCUAUCUGGCUGCCAUUUCAGUUAUGGCCUGUCAGACGUCCUCCAUUAUAGGAAUGUAUGCAUUAAAUCCAUCAAUUUUGGAACUCCUCAUCAACAACUGUCAGGCAGCGAACGAAUCGUUGUGGACUAAAUAUCCUGCAUUACAUCAUGCAUUGUUAAUAGUUAUAAUUGAACAUUCCUCCAAGAACUACAAUUUCCGGCAGUCAUCACGCUUGCUGGUGCAGCAUCAAGACUCUCCAACAUCAGAGAAUUUUAACAUUAUACUAAAAUUUCUAGUCAGCAUAAUGCGUUGGUAUAUAUCUCCCGAACUUUUGAAAUGGUUUGAGCAGUUGAUGUCAGAAUGUAAAGAAAAUUAUGGCGUCUUAGUGACAAACAAUGACUUUUUGGAAAUGUGUGAAAAUGCGAUGGUGUUUGCAAAAAAGAAACCUAUUAUAUGUCUUCGACACUUGCGCGCUAUCGUAGAAUAUCCAAAAAUGCCGAAAUUCAUGUUGUCCUCGGUUGCAGAUAUUGUUUUCGGUCUGAUGGAGAGAACGGAUAAAAAACUACUUAUUCCAAGCUGUGAGCUUUUAGCUCUUCUGCCACUGGAUAUUUCAGUCAGACCAAGUCUUAAAGAUAACACCUCUUUUCGUAGGGAUAGUGAGAGACUGAAGCAAUUGUUCUAUUGGCAUAAGGCAGCAGCAACGCACAGUAGUUUACGGGCUAAAUAUUUUAAAGCGUUUAUCGAAUCUUUGGAACCCACAUCAGUACGCGACGAUGCUUCACACAAAAUGUUCGCGGAGAAGAGUUUUGUCCAUUUGCAAAAAGAUAAUGCAUCCGAAUAUCUGGAAUGCAUACAGGGAAACAGAACUCUUUUGAAUACACAUUUGCAGUACGAAGCAGCACGAUAUUGCGUGCAACAGAAACUACGCACAACUUUAGGUAAACCACAGGAAACGUUUCUUGCCAUAGAGGCCAUUAUUUUGAAAUACGCGCGUUUGCUGGCCGAAAACGACGGUCUGCCUGAGGAUGCAAAAUGUAUUGAUAAUAUUAUGAAUAUACAGGAGAAUUGUCGAAUGUUAUUGGGAUUUUUGGAAAACUUGGAGAAGCACAUUUACAACGCGGCUGAGGGUACCGCAUAUGCAAUGUUUCCCGCCGAGAAGCCAGCUAAAACUUUCUUUCGCGUCAACGCCUCUACUUGCGCUGAAUGGUUUAAAAGAAUACGAACUGCUGCAAAUCUAAUAGGUAUACAUACAAUGGAAUCAGAAAUGGUCAUACGAUAUUCAGAGAUAAUUUUGGAAAAUGAAACGAUUUUAACAAAUCGAGGAUACUUAGAACGUACAGUUACUACUAUGGUAUGGGCACUCUUUAACUGCAGAGAAACAGAAACACUGAACGGCUUGCGUUUAUGGUUGAAGUCCAAACAGUUUCAGGGAUUCGAAUGGAUCCAGUACGUUGCCGAUCACUCGUCAGGUCAUUUGGAAAAAGCUAUAAGUGGUUACUCCAGUGUUCUUAGCAACAGUUCCACUACAGUUGAUGCAUUCACAAAGGAAUUUAUCGAGAAACAGCUAAUGGAAUGUUUAUACAAUACUGGGAAAUGGUCGGAAAUAUUACAGAUGAUCAACAGUUCAGCUUAUUCCCAAUUUCACUUGCAAUGCAUGAAUUUUAUCUAUGAAAGCGCUGUUAAAUCUAGUGGUGCUUCUAACAAUGAUGCUGUUGCAAAUGCUAUUUGGAAAAUGACCGAAUGGAGUGAAGACUCAAAAUGUAACAAACCGGCCCAACGGGUUGAUAGUUUUUCCUUCUAUGAAAUUGCCAGUAGAUUGCGCGAGGCUUGUUUGGCCAGAUCGAUUUGUGUAGCGGGUGACGACAUUGCAUGGUUCGAGCCCUUUAAAGAUUGCAUACGACAGGCACUACAUCUCAGCGUAUACAAUAAUCACGAGCCUGGAACUAGUCUAAAUAUGCUAAAUGAAAUAUUGCUUCUUAACCACUCCGCCACAAAAAUGGAAUUGCUCAGUAACGUGCUGUUUCACAACUCCAAUACGAACACUAUUCCUACGGAGCUUUCGAAUAAAAUUCUCUGUUGGUCAUUGAUAGUUGACAAGAAGUUGCAAAAAGAAAACCUACCUCUUCUGCUUGAAGUUAUACACAAAUCAAGGUUGGACACUAAUUUUUCAUACAGUCAGUCAUUACUAGAACAGUUCUUCUUCGUCAAAGGCGUAGACCAGCCACUCGAACAAAUGAUCCAUGAAUUGAAAUCCAAUGACUUACGCCUGGAUUUUAGUGACUCGGAAGUUGUCAGCGGCUUGGAGGAGCUAAUUAAAUGCGUCUAUGCACAAUCUAACUCAAUAGUAGACUCAAUGGAAUUAGCUUCAGCUUGUUGUGUUCAAAUAAUCGAAAAAGAGCCAUGUAAAUCGACAGUUCUGCCAGAAACCAUAUCGAACAUCUUGCUGACAAUGUAUGAAUGGAUAUGUUCACAUCGUGUAAAUAACCACAACAUAUCACAUGGAAAGCAAUUUCAGGCCCUACAAAGACUACUUCCCGAUGUGGACUUCUGUUCCGCGGCAGAUAAGAAAAUUCCUGCCUUUGAAUAUGCCGUUGGUAAACUUUUGAAUGGUAGCAUUUUGUGUCGUGACAACUGCGGUGAAGCUUGGUUCUCAUUCGGCAAUUGGUGCUAUCGGUGGGGUAAGAAACUAAUGGAAACCUCCGGAAAUAGUACUGAUCAGCAGGAACUUAAUCAAAAUCACGCGGCUAUACGAAAUAUUUUAGGAGACAGGGUUGACAAUGAAAUAGUUAAACAAAUUGUGCAACUGUUGAACACUCACAUAGCCAACAUUAUGAGUGACGAUAACGUCGAAGAUGAGGUAUAUGUAGAUGGGGCACAUAAUCCCACAGAAAAACUAGAGCGAGAUUUGACGAAACUAUGCAGCGUAUCACCAGAGCAAAUGAAUGACAUAAUUUGUUUGUGGCGUCAGGAGCACAAGGGAGUAUAUGGGUUUUAUGAGGAAGCGACUCGGGCAUAUUUUAAGUACUUGACCAUUCAAAGUGAUGCCGUAUCUGAUCAAAAAUCGAGUUCAAUUGGAUCUGAGGUAGAAGAUUGUACUUUUGUGACGACCACAUUGCGAUUAUUGCGUUUAAUUGUAAAACAUGCGCAAGGACUACAGGAUGUAUUGGAGGAUGGUUUGCGGAAUACACCGUUGCGACCGUGGAAAGUUAUUGUCCCACAGUUGUUUAGUAGGCUUAACCAUCAUGAGAAUUAUGUUCGUCGAAGCGUCUCCGAUUUGUUGUGUCGGCUAGCUGUAAAUCAGCCGCAGCUUAUUAUAUUUCCAGCUGUAGUGGGAGCCCAGCAAGAGCUUAAACUCUGUGGCGAAAGUCCUUCUGCUAAUAGUCAAAUGCAAUUAAGUAAUUGCUUUGUGGCGCUUUUGCAUUCCCUUUCAGGUCAAUGCCCAGACACGGUGUUGCAGGUACAGAUGCUCGUCAAGGAAUUGAAACGCAUUACUUUGUUAUGGGAAGAAUAUUGGAUACACAGUUUGGCCCAGCUUUACUCUGAAUAUUCUCAGUUGUAUAAUUCGUUGGAUUCGGAAUCGAAAAAAACGGCCAAUGUGGAGGCGAUGUUGCCGAAAUUUGAAAUUUUCAGACAGCAUUUAUUGGCGGACUUUAAGAAAAUCGCGCAAGUGACAGAAAAGGACCCUGAAACGAACUAUGAGCGAAGUUUUAAGGAAAGAUUUAAACCACAUAUCGAAAGCGUACUUAAGGAGUUAGAAAAUCCCAAUGACCCCUCAAGACCUUGCGAAUAUUGGCAAAGAAUCAAACAGUUAUAUAACACAUUUCAACAAAAACCCCUUAGAGGCAACUCUUCCAGCAUGAGGGUAUGCGACGUAAGCCCCGUUUUGGCCAAUAUGCGGAAUACAAGUAUAGCUAUGCCUGGAGUGGACACAUACGAAAAAUCCGCAGUAUACAUCAAAUCUGUAGAAAAUAUUAUUUCUGUACUACCCACGAAAACAAAGCCAAAGAAAUUGUCAUUCUGUGGUAGCAAUGCUCACAACUAUACUUAUUUGUUUAAAGGCCAGGAGGAUCUGCAUUUGGAUGAACGCAUAAUGCAGUUUCUGUCGAUUUCCAAUUCUAUGAUGAUACGAUCAAGUUAUUCCAAAGUCACAGCGGACACUGACUGCUUUAGAGCCCAUCAUUAUUCGGUCAUUCCAUUGGGACCGCAAUCUGGUCUCAUCAGUUGGGUAGACAACUGUACGCCACUUUUUGCGAUUUAUAAGAAAUGGCAACAGCGAGAAACUAUUUUAAAACAGCAACAGAAAGAACGCCAAUCAAUCAAAUUCAGUGAUGCGACGGUCCAAAGCCAAUGUGUUGGCACCUCGCGACCCUCGGAGCUAUUUUACAACAAAUUAACGCCCCUGUUGGCCGAACGAAACCUAAAAGUCUCAGAUCCACGGAAGCAGUGGCCAAUGCCGGUAUUGAAACAAGUUUUACGUGACCUAAGCUCGGAGACACCGAACGAUCUUUUGUCGAAAGAAAUUUGGUGCUAUUCUGCAAACGCAGUGGAUUGGCGCAAAUCGGUUCGUCGCUACACCACAUCAGUGGCUGUCAUGUCCAUUAUCGGAUACGUAAUCGGCCUGGGCGACCGCCAUUUAGAUAACAUCCUUAUAAAGCUAGGGACGGGCGAAAUUGUACAUAUCGACUACAAUGUUUGUUUCGAAAAAGGGAAGUCCUUGAGAGUUCCCGAGAAGGUGCCUUUCCGGUUGACACAGAAUUUGAGAGUUGCCCUCGGCUUGGUUGGAAUUGAGGGGUCUUACCGUACGACCUGCUCACAUGUUUUGAAAGUAUUGCGGAAGGAAAGAGAAACGCUACUCACGUUGCUUGAAGCAUUUGUAUAUGACCCCUUGGUUGACUGGACAAUAAGCGAUGAUGGAAACAAUACUCGCGGAACAUCAGCACAUAAUGCUGCGAUAAUGAUUUCUUCGCUAACCUCCAACAAGGAAGUCCAGUUGAGUCCGAAAGAUGUAUUUGGAAACAAGAAAUACGAUGCCGAAUGGUCCUUGCAAACGUUUGAUGCAAAAAUUGCAGAAGUUAAAUCGGUGUGGUUGAAGUACAGGUACGCUUUCGAUGACCGUCUACAAGACCUAAUGAAUUAUGUUCGAAGAUUGCUAGAUAUACGUGGCAGUAUUUCACAGUUGGAACAGGAACGUUCUAGUUAUACAAAACAACUCGCUAUGAUUCGAGAACUGGAUGCGUUAGGUUCUGCCCGGGGAAGCCAUGCUUUGAAUACCGUUACACAACGUUAUAAGGCAUACAAGAGAGAUUUGAGUUCAUUUGAAAAUAGUAAACAUUUGGUGGAGCAAACGGUUAAAGAUCUGGAAGUUGUGUUGACUACAUAUUUCCACAUACUACUCGAGCCUACUGAAAUCAUUAAGAUAGACGUCGAUUUUCAGGCAGAUAUGUCACCGUCCAUUGAUCACAUAGAGGAAAUAAAAAAAUUCUCUCCAGAAUACACGUCGACAGACAAAUUUGCAAAGCAGGAAUGGGCCAACUGUUUAGCGCAAAUACAAAAAAACGCAGUCGAAUGCAAAAAUUUACUUUUAUUUUAUAGCAACGUCAAGCGUUACACUCCACGUUGUAGACUGCUCCAAAAUCAUUUAGUGAAGUACAAAUCCGCUUUUAGCGAUUUAAUCCGACCAAAUAAUGAAGGUGAAUCUGGUGAAACAACUAAUUCAACUGAUAAAAAGUGCAACACGGUAUCCUGUAGCAAAUACUUCGACAAGAUGUUAAAGAUUUACGAGGAUUUAAAGAGAAAUUUGUCGAAUGCGCAGCUUGCCUUGGAACAGCGUCGAAAACAGCAGGAUAUCGAGAGAGAUGUUGUAAUGAAUGCUAUUGCUGACUUUCUCCACUCGAAUAUGUGCCAAAACCAACAAGCGCUUUUAAGAUCUGCAUUAAGCCGCAUAAAUUCUGCAUAUAAGACUUUUGUAAACGAUAAGAGGCAUUCUGCGGACGAUGGAAAAUUUUCUCCAUUAAAAUACGAAAUUAACUUCUUGCACGCUGUGGUUAAUUUUGCCAGUUAUCUUGACAUAGUCGAUACUGUCCAAAUGGUAGAGAUUUUAAAAGAAUCAUUAAUUGAAAUCAAUAAUUUCGCAAAUACUUUCGAGGAUACAAUACUUAAAUUAUUGAGUAUCUUUAUGAUGGACCAUAGCAGAAAUAUCAGCAAUAUAAAGGAUUUAGAAUCGGUGCCGGAAAUCAAACCAAUAAUUGAGGAAGUCAAUAGCCAUUUCGAAAGCAUAGAGUCGAUGCUACGCAAAAUGCAAAGUCAUCUUUUCCGUUUCUCAGAAACCCGCCAACACUAUGGGUCUAUCAAUUGCAUAAUGGCUUCUUGGAACAUUAACAUUGUUGAGUACGUAAAGUCGUGUCGCGACGAAAUGAUCUCAAAGUUAACAUCCGAGCUGAAACGUUCGUCCCUUUCACUAUUAGACCAUGACACGGAAGACGUUUUUGAUUUGCGAUCCCUACUAUAUGUAAUGAAGGACACCAUAGGCGGUAUAUACAGCAGCUUAUUUGUAGAUCUUUUGCCGUUUGCAAUAGAAUUCGUAGAAUAUGAUAUUUCAAACAUGAUGGCUGCGACUGUGGACUCACCCCUCGACGACACAAGCUGCACCCAAACUGCGGAUGGAUUGUGUGAUAAACUGUACAUGUCUAUAGAACAAGAAACUGGAGUGCAAUGGGAUGAAAUGGACAUUAUUCAACUCAAUAAAAUUGUUGAAGACUAUCGUUCAAUCUUAACAUCUUUCUACUGGCUAAAUGAAGAAUAUUUACACGGACAAAUUGCGAACUCUAAAAUUGAUAUCUCAUCCAAGAAAGACUUUCUGUCCAAUUUGCACAACAUUAGCCAGGUAUUGACUAUGUGGAAAUCGACAAUGAUGAAAAUACAAUCGGAACUCGACGUACGCCACAAAACGAUAGAAAAUGUAUUAACGCUUCCGUCAACUGUCACGGGUACUCCUCAGGAGGAGAUCCGUAAACUGAAGGAAGCCAUUGCAGCGUCAAAUAACAGUUAUACAUACUUUUUAAACUUGGCUACAAGAUUAACAGAAUAUAGCGCUGUUCUGCUACAAUUCGAAAUAUCGGCAGGGGAUGAACCCUUUGAGUCACUCAUAAAACAAUUUAAAGAGGAGCAGAACAAAUUGCGGUCGUGUGAGGUUUCCAUAAGCUCAGUUGAAAGAAAUUUGGUCCAGCUUUUAGAUCCCGAAGGGAAAGUCGACCAGUGCUGGAUUGAGAAUAUUUCCGAUUUGUUGGACGAAAUGAUAUUUUCGGCACAGAAAAAAAUGUGUGAUUUAGAAAAGCAGGAAUCUACUUUAGAGAACAAGUUGGCGGAAAGCGGACAACUUUUGCAGACUCUCGUUGAUUCCUCCAUUAGAGUGGAUCUGCGCCAUUUGCUGAAAGUGAUCACAAAAACGUUCAAAAUGUGCCCAAAGAUUGAGAGUGGAGAUAUCUGCCAACAUAUUCGCGAGUUGCAGCAAAUUAUGAAAUUAAUUCAAAGUAAAAUCAUUGAUCUUCAAAUCCAACUCUUGGCCGGGGAGUUUGAGAGUUCAGUUCUCAAUCAAAUACAAAGCAAUAUCGACGAGCUAAAUUCAAUGGUCAAUUACAGCAAUUCGGUCCUCGAACGAAUUUCUGAAGUGAAUGUGGAAGAUAGGCAGUUUUCUAGAUUAGAAACAUCAAAUCGAAAUGAGAAUUUAAAAGAACCCACGGUUACUAACAGCCAAGUGGGAGAACAGAAGCGGAAUGCAUAUGCGGUUUCCGUAUGGAAACGUAUACGUAUGAAGCUUGAAGGUCGUGACCCAGAUCCCAACCGACGCAGUUCUGUGGCCGAACAAGUCGACUAUGUCAUAGCUGAAGCUACAAGUGAGGAUAAUCUGGCCUCUUUGUAUGAAGGAUGGACCCCCUGGGUGUAGUUUAAAACAGCAAUUGCUCCAUAGCGAGGAGCAUGGCAUAGGCUUUUGCAAAAUUAUUUAAAAUAGAGUUAAAUUCAAGUGAAGUAUCAGAUCAGAACCACGUAGAUGUGCAACACCAGAUAGAAUCCGAUAUCGGUUCUGCAACGAGAGUGUAGAUCGAUCGUCAGGUGUAGUUUUUCUUAGAAUUUCAUCCUCUGCUUCGUUCAUGGUAUGAGCUUGACAUGAGGAUGUUGAUCGGUGAAAGUAAUAUUGCUCAGUUACUGUUGCCCAUAUGAUGUGGUUGGGGAGUGAAAAACGUCGCCUUUAAGUUUUGACAAGAAAAUCACUCAAGACAAUUAAAUUAUAUAUUACUAAUUUGAUGAAUAUGCAUUUGUUCCUUUCAGCUCAAUUUUAUGUUUGAUUACUUUUCUGUAUAUUUUUAUGUUUUACCAUUAAUAAAUAUUAUAAAUUAAA